AUGGAAGGGAGAGGUCUUCUUCAUUCACAAUACCAGCCAAUACCAGUGUUUAUCUGGUGUAAACAAGACUGCAGCUCCUUUGCCGCUUUCUGGACUGCCAGGCAGUGGAGUGGCAGGGGGGCAGCAGAGGAGGGGGAGGUGGAUGCUUCAGUCGAGAUCCCUGCGUUUCAGGGGGCUGGGUCCCUUGCAACUCUCCCUUCCUUAGGCUUAACAGCAAAACUAGCAGCUGACAGCAACAAACAUGCACACUUUCGAGUUUGCUUGGAGGGCAGCCUUUCCUUCCACUUCCCCUCUCCAGGAUUUCCAACUGCUCUCUCCCUCUUGUAA